AUGGCGCACGAGCAGCCCACUGCCCCGUCGAUCGUUGGGUCUGAGACGUGGGAUAUCUGCACGCCCUCUGCGACUUCGGAAAACACCACGAAAAACGCCAGCGAGACCGCACAAUCUUCCAUUCCAUGGCCCGGGCGCACCUUUAUCAUCCGAUCGCAAACGAACGGACAUGUCAUCACAUUCUUGGACGGCGAGGUUAUCCUAGACAAACCAGGAGGGCUUGGUACUUUCAGAUGGCGAUGCGUGGAGGACAAAGGUUGGAUGGGGUUCAAGGAUCCAGCUUCUGCGCAAUAUCUGGGUUAUCACGAACACGGAGUGCUAGCUUGCCACGUUCCUCAUCACCGAAAGAACGAAUACAUAUGUCCACGAAUGCGCCCUGGAGGCGGAUGCGUUCUACUAGUGUGUCACGACGAUUUCCUUCGUCCCUUAGGUGUGUUUGCAAACGAGUCAGAGCACGGCAUUAAGCAGCAAGUUAAGACUAUGGACUGGAACUCGGAGGCAAUUGUCUGGGAUUUUAUUGAAGUAUAA